GAUCAACUCAAAUUUAAAAUUUUGAAUGUUUUGAUUAUAGAAUAAUAGAGUGAUAGUUUCUUUUAGUAAUCGUUAGUUGUUGUUUCAUAUCUGCUUUCAGAAUUGGGGGGUUUACUGUAUUCAAUAGAUACUUUUCACAAGCAUUUCUAGAAAAUACACUUAUUUGAAGUAUUAAAGCUAAAUUUGUGGUGGGCUCGACAGGAUAACCUCCAAGAAUGUUUAAAAAGAGAAGAAGUAUGCUGGGUCGGAGACACCUGGCAACUCAACAGCCCGUGCAGACGAGACCAGCUGUGCCGCAGGCAACAACUUCAAGCAGCGGUGAGAGAUGCAGCGGUGAGAGAUCCAACGACAGUUGGCGGGGAAGAUCAGCAAAGAAGAGAACGCCACAUCAAUUUGAUAAGACCCCAAAGGAUUUUAAGGAUUUUAAGAAAUGCUUGUUCACCAAAAGUCCUGGAUUCAACUUCACGGUUGGCUACAGAUCACAGGGUCUAGAGAGAAAUCUCCAUUCAUCUAAUGAAAAUUUUCUGGAUGAGACAGGUAUAACCAGCAUAGCCCCAACACCGACGACGACUGACAGACUCACCAAAACGCCUGCCACUCUUCAGCGACGCAGAAUAGAACUGGAGAGUUUACGCUACGGACCAUUGCCUACGUCUGCCUCCAUCAAACCAGCACCCUCUAUUUCUGUGCAGCCCAAACCAUCAUCUUACAUCAGCAACCGUGAAGACUUGAAACCACCAGACUUACCAGAGACUUCUCGUCUGGACAGGAUUCUUUUGGAAGAAAAACUGUCAAAAACAUCAUACUCGAUUGAUUUCAACAACCUAAAACCUCCAAACUCCCCGGAUGCUUCUCGUUUUGCCAGGCUCAUCAUGAAAGAGAAAUUGCAACAACCCUUGGAUCCGGAUUUAGAUAAAAUAGAACGUUUGACCAUUGUGGAUCCCAAUCCUCAACUGCAGUUUUCUCCUCCUUUAUCGUCCACCUGCAUAGGCAGUCCUGACUCUGGAAAGAAGAAUAUUACACUGACGGAGGACAUAAAAGAAACAGUGCUAAAUAGUGGAAGAAAACUCAGUACUAUCAACGAGGAUUGUGAUGUGUCUGUGAUUGAGUUUGAGCUAAAUGAACGCACGAUAACGGACCUAGACAAUACUUUGAUGAACACCACUAUCAAUAACACAGUCAAGUACAACCAUAUCACACCCUUGGAAAAAAUCCCUGAGGACCCGUCUGCGUCAAAUUGUGAAACAGACCAGAAGAAAGAAUCUGAACCUAGUUUGGAGAAAAUAAUCUCUGACCUGAACGAUAUGGAACAAGCUUUAAUGAACAGGGCAGCACAACGUGUAAAUGCUUUGCAGAAACAGUGUGAAGCCAUCAAGAGGGACAUCCAAGACAUCCAAGAUGAUUGUCAACAAGAUGUCGUCAAGAUUAGAGCCAUGAAGAAAAUGUUGGACUCUUCAAGACGUUCUUCAAGUGAAAACAAAGAAAACAGCUUUAAGUUUAAAGUACCGACCACCAAGAAGGCGCUAUUGCAGGAGGAAAGUAAAUGGCUAAACAGUGUGAAAAAAGAAAAUCCCGGUUUACUUAAAACCCCGAAAGCGAGUAGAAAAAUCACCAAACAAUCCGCAUCAUGGACUCCGCAUUCUCUAUCUAGAGCUCUAUGUGAGCAAAUGAGUGAACUGUACGAGCAAUAGUCUAUGUACCUGUAGCGGUAUUUCGUAACAUUUUCAAGGCUGGAAAACUUGUUUUAUUGUUAAGGUUAAUAUUACAACUCUCAAUAACUUUUAAACAACACAACAUCUGUUAUUGAAGCUGUGAUCAUUUUGUAUAGUUUAAAAAGCAGUUUAAAACUCUUUAAAUUUUAUAAUCAAUUUUAAACAUGUGUUUUUAUUAUACCAUGGUCAUGUUGGAUCUUUGGAUUUAGACCUAAGUCUCUAUAAGUCCACGUAAGUUAUAAGUCCAUGUAAGUUUGCAGUUGAGGGAGGAGCCUAUUUACCAUAUGGUUUUGAAUGAACCAAUGAGAACUGUGCGUUGUUGCCAAAUCGAAUAAUACCAGCUGAUUUGAAAAUAUUGCUUAGUAUAUUUUAAUUAGUGUUGUCAAUGGGCGAUGUGGCAACGUCGCACUAGCCUUGUCUUGUGAUUGGCUGCCACCAACUGCAAGCUUACGUGGUCCCGACUUUAGUGACUUUUAUUAUUUUGUUAAUUUAUAGUGCCUUUAUUAAAUUUAAGACAAUUUUUCAAAAUAAACCCUGAUUUUUGUCGAUAAUGACAAAAGUUCUGGUAAAUGACAAACAACCUUAUCUCGAAUAUUUAGGUUAUGCAUUUUGAAUUCUUGCCAAUAUACACCACCAGCAAUAUUCACCAUGAAAUGUAUAAGUAAAUAAGCGAUUAG